CCCAAGAACUCUUUCUAGCUUUCACUACUGGUACUAUGAAAAACAAACGUAAAAAUAACCCCUUGGGCAUUAGGACCCAGUGGAAGCACCUCGCUCAGACUGGGUUAACUUCUCCCAGUGACGUCAAGAAGCAGCCCCAGCUCAUUCUCUACCCUCAGCCCCCCUCAUCUCUUUUUCUCCUGCUCCAGUUCUCCCCCUUUCUCCUCCCUUUUUCCUUCCCUCCUCCCCCUCUCCUCUCUCCUCCUUCCCCCUUUUCUCACCUCCUCCCUCUCCCUCUCCCUCUUCUCACUCAGCUUCCUAACAUUACAGAGAAAAUGCUGCUAUCAGUGACUUCCAGGCCUGGGAUUUCGACUUUUGGCUAUAACAGGAACAACAAGAAGCCAUAUAUGUCAUUGGCGCAGCAGAUGGUACCGCCUAGUUCAAGUAACAGCACCCCUAACAGCAGCAGUGGAAGCAACGGAAGUGACCAGCUGAGCAAAACCAACCUAUACAUCCGAGGAUUGCAGCCAGGCACUACUGACCAGGACCUUGUCAAGCUGUGUCAACCAUAUGGCAAGAUCGUUUCCACUAAGGCCAUACUGGACAAGACCACAAACAAAUGCAAAGGCUAUGGCUUUGUGGAUUUUGACAGUCCUUCAGCAGCACAGAAAGCUGUGACGGCACUGAAAGCCAGUGGCAUACAGGCACAGAUGGCAAAGCAACAAGAGCAGGACCCUACAAAUUUAUAUAUCUCAAACCUCCCCCUGUCGAUGGAUGAGCAAGAACUGGAGGGGAUGCUGAAGCCCUUUGGCCAGGUUAUCUCCACCCGAAUCCUUCGUGAUACCAGUGGGACUAGCAGAGGGGUUGGCUUUGCAAGGAUGGAGUCCACAGAGAAGUGUGAAGCCAUCAUCACCUACUUUAAUGGAAAAUAUAUUAAGACACCCCCUGGAGUACCAGCCCCGUCUGAUCCAUUGCUUUGCAAAUUUGCUGAUGGUGGACCAAAGAAACGACAGAACCAAGGAAAAUUUGUGCAGAAUGGACGGGCCUGGCCAAGGAAUGGAGACAUGGGUGGUAUGGCCUUGACCUAUGACCCCACCACAGCUCUUCAGAAUGGGUUUUAUCCAGCCCCUUAUAACAUCAGCCCCAACAGGAUGCUGGCACAGUCUGCCCUGUCCCCGUAUCUUCCACCUCCUGUGUCUUCAUAUCAGAGAGUGACUCAGACGUCUCCUCUGCCGGUUCCUAACCCGACUUGGCUGCACCACCAAUCGUACCUCAUGCAGCCUUCAGGUUCAGUUCUGACGCCAGGGAUGGAUCACCCCAUUUCUAUCCAGCCUGCCUCCAUGAUGGGACCCCUUACCCAGCAACUGGGCCACCUCUCCCUCGGCAGCACGGGCACGUAUAUGCCAACAGCUGCAGCCGUGCAAGGAUCUUACAUUUCCCAGUACACCCCUGUGCCUUCUUCCAAUGUUUCAGUUGAGGAGAGCAGUGGCCAGCAGAGUCAAGUGGCAGUGGAUACACCCUCAGACCAUGGGGUCUAUCCUUUCCAGUUCAACAAGUAACAGUGGCUGAGCCUUGCCUGCUUUGUCAUUUUACAAUAAUUUUGUGAAUUUCUUUUUUUGAAUGAAAUUUCAUGUGGAAUUUUGAGGAGCUGGGCAAGGAACAAGGCAGACAGGAGCAGGCAGCUGAAGUGGCUCUUCUUUCCUCUGCCCUGCCAUAUCCUGAGCAAAAAAACUAGACCUUGUCUUCAGGAAGCAGAGAUGUGACCGAGGCUCAUUAAAGAGCCAAUCCCACAGCCCUUGGAAGCCACUCUUGAGCCCGAUUUGGUUGAAGCCUAGGUCUUCCCUGGCAAGUUCCAGAAUGGUGGAUUUCCUGACUUCUGACUAACUUUUCUCGCUGCCAAGGCCAACACCAUCUGAGGAAGUGUCUUUUCCAGCUACAGCCUUUUGGGAAUAUCUGCUUUCCUGCCUCCUGGAUUUUCUUCUCUGCCCUGGGUCACGGCUCCUCCCUCCCCCGUUGCACAUGGCUGUGCUCAGAGCCUUUGCAGCUGUGACCUUGCUGAAUCCACAUGGGCUUUUUUCCCUACUGUGGAGGAUCCUCUGCUUUACCUAUAAAACAGUGGUUCUCAGGCAGAGGUGGUUCUGUCCCCAGAGGCCAUUGGCACCAUCUGGAAACAUUUUUGAUUGCUGUGCCUGGGGGUGGUGGCGUGUGCACUGCUGGCAUCUUAAGGGCCAGAAGCCAGGGGUGUUGCUGAGCACGUGCAGGGCACUGCACAGUCUGCGGUACCCAGCAAAGAAUGAGCUGGCUCCAAAUGUCAGUAUUGCCAAGACUGAGAAAGUGUGAUGUAGACAGUGCUGUUCCUGCCUCCCUGGGUAAGGUUAAUUCCCAUCCCAACCCUGGACACACAGUGCCUUUUGACACCAAUGCAACUGGCUGGGAGGGACUUAACCGGGAUCCUUGAAUUCUUCUGAGGCUGUGACCUUCGAUACCUCUGCGUACAGCAGGAGCUAUCCGUGAAAGGCCGGUGCCUGCUGCGUACAUGACAGAUAGACACAUCCGUGGAGGGACUGAGGUGGGGACUGUUCUCUGUGUGUGCCAUGUAAGGCAGGAAAAGACAAAGCUCUCUUAACUGUCCAGAGUGACCUGAUGUGCCCUGGUAAGUUUGGGCCUCUUCCAUGGGGGACCAGGAUAUCAGAAAUAAUUUUCCUUCUUGUAGAAGGACAACAGGGAGCUAGGAUAGAAAAGGGCAGUAAGUUCUGUCUCAUUAUUUAUGAGGUUAGGAAUCCUUUUAAAAAGCCUGUGUCUCACUCUUUAACUGUUCCCUUCUGCAAGACCUGACUGCGCACAUGGAGAUGGAUGGAAGAAAGCCUUUGCCCAUCUUCUAGGAGAUAGAUCUCCUGUCUCCUCCCAGCGGCCCUCUUAUGCACCGAAAGCAUUCUGCUCCCCUUCAAGGUCAGGUGCCUCUUCUCCAGACAGUCAGACAAAGAUGGAGAAACAGGUAUUCAUUAAGCUGGCUUUUGAGGGAAGAGGGGGAUAGCAGGGGAAGGAGCAGCUGUAGAGCUUGGGCCCCACUUUCCCUCCCUCCCCAGCCACUCCAGAAUUGAUAGUCCCAGUGCUCUCUACUGAGAUAAAAGCCUGGGGUAGCAAUGGGCAGGAUAUAUCACAACUAAAGGACAAAAUUGCCACUUUUCUCAUUGGUGCUUCUAAACUCAGGAAGGGCUUUCCCAGUGUCAUGUGGCCCCAAGCCCAGUAACCCAGUGGAAGGGCUUGACCAGACAGAUGGCUUUUAUUUUUGAGUCUCCAGCUGAGUCCCUCAAUCAAGGAAAGUAAGCCAUAGCUGCUUUCUUGUCAGUGGACUUUGAGAAAAAGAGAAACAAAUCUAGAAUUCUGUUCAUUUGGUAGGUCGGGAGUCUUACCAGAGGUCUAGUGCAAUGACAUAACACGGCCGUGAACAUAGAAAACAGUCGAUGUCGCCGCCCCCCCCCACAACUCUCAAUUCUGUCCCUUUUCUGUAUUUAAAAACGAAUUUAAAUGGCUCUAAUUCUUUACUUUAUGUUAAAUUUUCAAGUUACCUUUGGGGGUUCUCAUGUGAAUCUGCUUCUUAGAUUCCACUGGGUGUUUCUGCUAUGAGUGGAGUGUGAUGGGAGUACUGUUAUUACUGCUCCUAGGAAUGGUUUUUUUGGUGCUUCCAAUUUACACCCAUUUCCCCCCAACUGUUAGUUCAUUUGUCACAGUGGGUGAGUGACUGGAGAAAGAGGGAAGUAAUUUCUUCCCUUAAAUAGACUAAUUGGUUAGGGUGGUAGCAGAGGAAUUGUGGGGAACCUUCCAGCUCACAGCCUAGGGCUGGAAUGUUACACUGUGCCUCUUUGUUUUCUGAAUCCUGUCUUCAGGGAGCCCAGAAGUGUCAUUACCCCCACUCAUUAUAGAUGCUCAUAAAACAUUCUUGAAGUAUUUUACUCCUUUGUGUUUUUGUUUUCAGUCAGACAGAACAUACUGGAGUCCCUUCCUUAGAUGAUGUAAUCCUUUUCUAGGCCCAAGGCUGCCCCUCAGGCUCUAAGAUGAUGCUCAGAUCCUAGAGUAUUUAGACUUUUUUGAGGGUGUAGGUAGGCAGAUUUAGGAACAAUGAUGGACAGAGUUAUUAUUUUUAAAGUGUUUUUAACCAAAGAAUUCGAAAAGCUGUCAAGCCUAGGAAGCCCAGUAGCUCUGAAGAGGCAACAGAGCUCAUCAGUAAUAGAUGGGGGUGGGAUGACAUUAUCACACUGAGGAUGGAGACCAGAACUUGCUGCUUCUCAAACCACACCAGGCCACCUCAAGUAGCAUUCCAUUCCUCUUCCUUUCCUAACUUGCCCACCAGCCUUUCACCCUCCCAGUGUCUCUCUCCAGUGUUUAGUCCCUGCUACUCCAAUAUAUCAACCUGUCUGGGGCCGAGCCAUGCACAGGGCCCGAUACUUUCGCACCAUACAGCAGCUGUGAGAGGCCCUGCUGGAAUGUUGCAGGGACCAGACGGUGGCUACCAGACUUCUAAGAAAAUACAUCCAUGCUCUCUUGUGCACAGCCCCAUCUUCUGGGAAAGCGGUAGCAUUGCACUCAGGAGGGGGCCCCCUGGCAUUCUCAGCCCAGGGCAAUAAACUUGGAUGGGUGAUCACAUCCAAACUUGCCCCCAGGCUCUCUAGACCUGAAUCAGUAGGCGGGUGUUACAAAAACAGUCUAUAAGGAGUAAGUCCUAAAUCUUGUGCCUUAUUAUACCAAUUCUUCCUGAUCCCUUUAAGCCACCUAGUCUUUCUGCCCUACCUGCACUUUAGAUACUUCCAGGAAUUAGGAGAUUCCUGAAAUUUCUCAGCUUUUACUUCUCCCUUCCAUAGGAGUCUUCUUUUGCAGCUAAAAGCAGCCUAUGAGCUCUACCUCCCUCUGCUCUUUGCCGAAUUUUGUUGCAUCUCCCUAGCAGUGGUCCCCACAUGACUGUAACGAGAAAGUGCCUGUCCUCAUCACUCCAGUGUACCACUGCUCUCUGUCCCUGACUUGUCUGCUUCGGUUCUGAAUAAACCUUCCCUCUCUAAGCAGAAACUCAUAUUUCCUUGUCCUUGUUAAACAACUACCUCAUAGUCUCACGAUUCAACAAGGGCAUAAAGCACCUGGUUUAUGUUGUUCUCUGCUGUCCUUUUAUGAGGGUUAGGAAGCUGGGGGCUGGAAAAGGCCCAUGAUCAAAUGCAAAAAUUCUGCUUGGACAUUUCUAUUUCUGGAAUGUUUCCUUUGGGAUUUGUAGCUUACUUAUCACCCUAGAAUAAUAUGAACUCUCCAGGUAGGUCCUGCUGUGGUAGGCCAGGAGGGUAGGCUGUGUAAUGGACUGCCUAGGAUAGUAUCUGAUGGUCGGGAGAGUUACCUCAGGGGAACCACCAUGUUGGUUCAGCAGAUCUUAGAAAUUAAGAAAAUGAGAGUUGGUCCUUGGUCACCACGUAGCUGAGAAGGUAACCCAGCACCACAAGGGGGCUUGAGAUUGUUACAGUGCUGGAAGCAGAGGUUCUUCCUCUACCUUAACAUCCAGUUAAGAGUUCACCAAUACAAGGCUUCUAGCCUGAAGGGUAAAGACUUCUCCAGCCAGAGUAAAGAAAGUCCCCACCUCAUUAUUGCUGUCUCCAUUGUCUGAACUCAUAGCCCUUUUGGUCUUUGUGGGUGGGCGAAUAUUCUGCCUGCACUCGUUACCUUGGACAGAAUAAGUUUAUACUCAAAGCACGUUUUGUGUGUGUUUUCUGAGACUUCUUCCCACCUCUAUGCAGUGCCACCUUCCACCUCAUUCUUCCUUUUCUGAUCCCUGGUCUUCCCGUGUUCCUUCCCUACAACAUGGUAGAGCUCCAUUUUUAUCUUCAACUUUUUUUUGUUUGGAAAUAAAACAUAAAUGUCUA